GUUGGCUCUCUUUCUUUCUUCAUUUCUUUGUGGUGCGGCACCGUUGUCGUUCCCUUUUUCACUCUUUGUCGGGCAUCAUUGUCGUGGGCUCGAGAGCCAACACACUGUCUUCCCGGCCGUUGUCCGCCUGUCACGUUGGCAGGGAUUUCAUCCAAAGUUUAAGAAGGAAGGAGUUUGCGCCAUCUGACCAGGCCAUCCCAGACAAAAACCGUUGACAUUUUAUCCCAAGGCAGGAAGGCCUACCUACAUGCAUGUGCCUUCUACCUACUCUAUUGAGAUAACCUACUGGGCCUCUCGUUCAUCUCAGCGCGGAAGGAGCGAAAGACGAGCUGACCACCACAACAGCCGCCGCCUCCGCCGCCUCCGCCUCCGCCGCCUCCUCCGCUACGCUACCCUAAACACUUCUUUCUCACUCAAACUUUGGUUCGUCGUAGCGUUGGACCUGCAGAAGCCUCGCUCUCCCGCCCCCAAUCCACCCAGACGCCGGUGCCAACCGGCCAAUGCUACGCCGGGACCCGUCGAUUUAAUAUAUUAUUCCCCUGAGUACCACCCUCGGCAAGCCCUUUCACCCCUCCUCCUCUUCUUCUCCUGUCCUAAAUACAUGAAGCUCGCCAUUCGGCCUCUACAGAAGAUGAGAUUCUUUCGCAAGGACAAGGACAAGAAGAAGCAGCAGCAGCAGCAGCAGCAGCAGCAGGGUCAUCGGCAGCAAAAGUCGCACGAUUUCACCGAUCAGCAGUUGUCAAAAUACUCGUCGCAGGUACAGCAAAACUACCGCAACGUCGUCUCGCCGCCCGGCACCCACAUCCCGACAAGGGCCUCCGCCGCUCUCUUCCAAAGCCUGCCAAAGAAUAUACUCCUCCGCAUCUUCGCCUCCGUCUGCCCUCACACACAAGACGAGACGUACGAAACAUGCGAGACGAGCGCUAUCUUUGACGCUUGCAUGUUAUGCGAUCUGAGAGAUCUAGCCCACUGCGCGCGCGUCUGCUGGAAAUGGAACCAGGCAGCCAACGCCCUGCUGUACCACAGCAUCCGGAUCGACGCCGUUCACUACUGCCCUCGCGAGAUUUACCUGUCGGAGCAGCGGAAGCGCAAGACCUUCUUCAAACGUAACGCCGACCCCGAAGAUACCCCCACCGUUCGCCUGAAGCUGCUCUGCAGGACGUUGCGCGAGGAUCCCACGCGCUUCGGCUCCCGAGUUCGCUACUUCAAGGUGCCUUACAUGCUCCGGGAAGCUGCCACAGCCGAUCUCGCUCGCAUCAUUCAUGUGCUGCCGAACCUGGUCUACGUCGACCUGCCCGAGGGUCUCUUUUCCGACGAACACGGCUAUGCAACGCUCAGGCUCGAGGUCGAGGCUAGAUGCCGAGACCUCCGCAAAAUGACAUACCACGGAGGCGCUGAGGGCAGCUUGUCCAAGCUGGCGCACGGCGGGAUAUGGCAGAAUCUGGAGGUCCUCGAGUUGAUCAAGAUCAACAUGGACCCGAUCGUUCUGCGACACGCUCUGGCGAACCUUGGAAGGCUCCGCGCGUUGAAGGUGAUGGAUUCGCAAGCCUUCUCAGACGAUAUCUUCACCCGCAACGAAGAGUUGCCUCCUUUCCCGCCCCUGGAGGAGCUUAUUCUCAGCAAUACCCCUGCAGUCACCGCUAACGGCUUGGUCGACUACCUCGCCCGUGCUGACACUCGCAACCACCUACUCGUCCUGUCUCUGCUCAAAACAGGCGUCCACCCCGCCACACUCGCCGAUAUUCUCUCUGCAGCCACGAAUCUGCAGACGCUAGCCAUCGAGGCCUUGGUGAGCGACGCUUUCAAGAGUGGUCCGAGGACGCGUCGGCUCGCGUCGACCUCCUUGGAAUCCCUACGCUUCGAGAUCACUGCACACAAGUCUGUGGGCCCCUACUCCAGUGUUACAGCUAGUUACUACACAUAUUUGGCGGCAUCCCUCAGAGGCAACGGUAUGCCUAAUCUGAGGUCGGUUUACGUCCUGGACGAGUACUUUCAGGACGAGCUUGAGGGUCUGCCCCGCCCUGCAGCACCCUUCUCGUACGGGGCGAACGCUCGACCCAAGUCUUCCCACUCCGUCACUUCUCACCGGCCAAUGUCGGGCCUGCCCAGCGGCAGACGCGGUGGCCUCGCGCCACCUAGCAGCGCCGGCAUGGCGGUCCCCCGCCCCUUCGCCGCCGCUUCCAACGUUCGCGCUUCGCAGCGCUUCAGCUCUACGAACCCCUUCGCCGGCACAGGGCCGCUGUCUCACCCCCUGACGAUCUACACCAAAACAGACGAUGCAUUGGACUGGUCAUCGGUGAUGCUUCAACCGACUUCGCCUCUGGGUGGCGGUUCUCACCACCGCGGAAGCAUGAGCUUUCACGGCGAUCGCCCUAUCAGCUCCUAUGGCUUGGGGGCUGAUAUUGCGGGAUCCGGAUGGAACACGUCCGCAGCGAGAAAGAGUGUCAUGGUGGGCAAUGGCGCUGGCAUGUUCAUGGCCUUACCGAGCCAGAACACCGGCGGCAGCAAGGGGAGUGACGAGGAUCUCUGGCCCAGACCCAGCACAGCGAACAACGAGAAAAAGUCGGCCGACCUUUGGCGAUGAUUGAAGGCCGCCUAGUCACGACAUUGGGGAGGGCUGUCUGCCCCAGACAGAACCAGGAGAGAGAAACACGAGACGAGAGACGCUAUUAAUGAUUUGAGAUUUGGACAGGUACGGGGGACACGAGAGGAUGGAAGGAAGGAAGGGGGAUAAAAGUCAAAAACAUGCUGAUGGGCCCAAACUUCUUUUCUUUCGCUUCCGCGCCUUUUUCUUUCUUUUUCUUUUUCUCUUCGGCCCGGGCAAGAGACAACUCGGGACAGUUAGGAUUGCUUUCCGUUGCCUAAGUUUGUAACAAUACUAUACCCUGAUGUUUUUUUUUCGGAGUAGAGAGGGUGGUUUCAAACAACAGUCUUUUUUCG